CACAUAUCGUGUUUGUCAAGCUCUAAAUCACGACCGAAGUAUGAUUCACUGCCAGAACACUCACCAACAUAGACCAGAUCCUCCAAUCCUGUGCGUGCAGUGACGAACUUCCUGGUCACAUUUUAGGCUGGUCUCAAAAACCUCUUUUUAAUGAGGAGCUUUUACUGUAGCCUGUGUGAGGAGGAAGGGAGGCUGUCACUCGGAAGAUACCAGAACUGUCAGGUUUAUCUGGCUCAAACAAUCUCAGAGCCUGCGUGAGGGAGCCAGAUAAGAAAGUCAAAAUGCUAUUUACUUUGUGUUACGCCUAACUCAAGGACGUAAGCGACGUGGAAGACAAACAGGCAGGACUGGGGACGAGCUGCUGCUCUGGUGGCGUUUGUAAGCAUCGAGAACGGCUUGAUGAGGAUUUAAGCCGAUAUGGAGAUUAUGAAACGGGCGUACAUUGGGAUACCAUGUCUUGACUACUAAAGAGUAAUGCUCCGCGGAUAAACUGCAGCAGCGAGGGGCGAGCACAGGCCUCCUUCUUCUCCGAUGGGUGCUCUUUAAUCCCGCCAUAAACCUCCCUGACAGGUAGCGACCAGCUCCGGUAAAGGGUGAGGCGUCUUUUCUUCUAUAAAUGCACAAAAGUCGAGCUCAUGCAGCCAUAAAAUCAUUGUAAUGCCCGUCGACUCCCAUCAUCGUGGAGCUGGGGGCUUAUGUUUACGCAAGCUCUUGUUCAUCUUUUCUCUCUGUUUUCUGUUCAACAGGGCGCUUCACUCACAAUUGAAGGAAUUUAUGGGAUCACGAGUCUCGUCUGAUGAGAUGAGUGUGCGUGCGGGCCAGGGCAGUGACGAGGUGCUGGUUUCACAGGCAGUGUGGGAUUACCUGGCUGCAGCGGGGCGCCCCUGGCUCAUUGACUUCCAGCACAAGCAGGGGAUGAGAGCUGGUAUCAUUAGGCGAGGAGAGAGGGGGGGCUGCUGUGCCGUGAGGCUGCAGCCGGUGGAAGGCUUCAGGAGCUCUGGUGCUGGGGUGAUGGAUGAACCCAUCUCCAGCGAGACGCGGAAAGCUUUCAUUGACUUAUGCCGCUGUGCCCGAAAAGAAAUGAGCAAAGUGGAGGGGGGACCCAAGAGAAAAAGGACUCUGCUGCCCUGUGUUGGAGUCCUGGAGCCGAACGGUGGAGAGGGAAGCCUGAUGCCCCCUCCUCUGCCUCAGCCGCGGCGCUCCCAGAGGCAGCAACACCGCUUCAGGAAGCCUGCAGAUGAAGAGGCUUGUGCCAUGUUUCACGAGUUAUCUCAAAGAAAGGACAUGGAUCCUAAUAUUUCCUCGCACAGCGAGGCAGAGGACAACAGCACCUGCUCCAUUUGCAUGGGGGACAUUGUGGACAGGACCAUGCUGGAAAGGUGUGGCCAUUCUUUCUGCCGCACCUGCCUCGACCAGGCCUUUAAAGUGAAGAAGGCUUGUCCUGUGUGUCGACUGGUGUAUGGACAAUUAAUCGGUAACCAGCCGGGAAAUGGUACAAUGAUUGUAGAGCGAGACCCUGAUAUUGAGCUUCCUGGACAUGAAGGAUAUGGGUGUAUCUGCAUCAUCUACAGCUUCCCUCCUGGACUACAGGCGCCUGAGCACCCCAACCCAGGUGUGCGUUACCCAGGAACCGACCGUGUGGCCUACCUCCCUGAUAGCCCUGAGGGGAACCGUGUGCUGGGUCUGCUGCGGCGGGCCUUUGAACAGCGCCUUAUCUUCACCAUCGGUACCUCCAUGACCACGGGCAUGCAAAAUGUCAUCACGUGGAACGACAUUCACCACAAGACCUCAAUAUGGGGAGGGCCUCGCUGUUUUGGCUACCCGGACCCCACUUACCUGGUGCGAGUGACAGAGGAGCUCAGAGAGAAGGGCAUCACAGCCGACUGAUAAAUCAUAGUGACUCUCUUCCAGGACUCUAUGCUCUGAGCACCACCCCCAGGUCCCCAGCCUCUGCCCACCGCUUAAAGGACCCUCAUCUGAUGCUGCAGCCAGCCCUCGCCCCUACAUUAGCUGUUCCUUUGUUUGUUCAUAUCAGCAGCAGUGCUAAAAGUGGAAGACCAUAUUUUGAGUGCAAAGCAUUCUUGUAUAAUAUGAAUCUAAUUGUUUUCAAAUAGAACAGAAGCCUGAUGCACAAGAGUGUAACCAUGUUGGUACAGUACAAGGUACAUUGUUAUUAUAAUGAUUAGUUUUUGUUAUUUGAAUAUUUAUGUUGUGGAUAUUUUGUUACAUGUAUACAGAUUUUGGUUAAAUCUCAAAAAUGCGUUGGAGCUUGUCUCUUAAGUUAAUUAAACUCAUUAUUAUUUGUUAAAUUUAAAUGAGACGACAGAAAGAUUUAAUUUUGUACAAUAACUGCAAUCCAAGGCACUCACAGGCAUUUUAUUUAUUGUUAAGAUGCAUUAAUAUUUAGAUUUGUGGAGCUGGUUUUGCUCUUCUGGGUGGAAGGAGUUAACUUAGAGGCCAAACUGUUUUUUGUAGUUAUGGGCUGUGUACGCUUAUAAACUACAAGUUGAUGUCAGUUUCUUAGUUUAAGGAAGUUCUAGUUUUCUAUUUUAAUUUCCUCUAAUUUUACAAAACAAUGGCGAAUGUAAACUGGCUUUUGCAGCACUUUUCUGUCCAGUCUUUUUCCUUGGGAUCAUCAUUCUUUUGUUAUACCUGAUUUUUUUAUGUGUUGGUCCUCAGUAGUAUACUUGUCAAAUAGGCCAAUCUAGAUUUAUAAAGAUGUCAAAAUGUAAAGGGCAUUUAGACCAGUGACACCAAAUCUAAGGCACAAAGGCUCUUUAAAAUCGAUGCCUCCUUGUUAAAUUGGGAGAGUAAAGUACUUAAUAUCCAACUAUUGCAUUAAUGUCUGUAACAUUGUUUAUUAACAGAAAAAAAUUACAGGUACA